AUGACGGAAUCAAGUCCAGAUGAGGUGAUUCACGAUGGUGCUGUGCUAUUGAGUAAUGGAAUUAUGGGGAUUGUCCAACCAGCAGUGGAACGUCUCGAUAAUCAGGUUCAUGCGGCACGUGCCAGUCAGUUCACUUUAAAUAUGCAUAUCCGAGAACUGGCACAAUAUUUGAAAGAAAUUUCGGAUGAGCAACAAGCGCCAUAUGAUUUAGACUUGUAUGUACGGAAGUUGGAUGAUUCCAAAAAACGAGUUGCAGCAAUCGGAUAUGUCUUGCAAAAUGUGCAUGAUCGAUUGAGCCGCUUGCAACGUAAUAUCGCUCGUCAAGCCUACCAACAAAAACAACGUAUCAUACAGCCAGUGCCACCACCUCCAAAUCGUUGA